AAAAAAACAAGUAUACGUAAGUCAUUAAUUCGAUCAUGGAGAUGAACAGUUCACGGAGAUCAAGAGGGUUCAAGAUAGCUAAGCUACUGCCCUUUUGCAAAGCUCUGAAGCCUCCAACGGACUCCCAAGACCUUUAUAAUAAUGUUCACUACACUUCCUCCACCACAACUUCCUACGCUCUUCAACCUGAUUUCAGUAACUACGUAACUCCUCUUCCUCCUAAAGUUAGCUUCCUCCUUCAACCAUCCCUGGCUCAUGAGGGGGAGGAUAUGGACAAGAAGCUGAACAAGAUGACAGAAAAGCUGAUCGGAAGAGGGAUUGAGGGUACGGACGAUUGCGUUGACGCUAGAGCCGCUUCUUAUAUAUCAUCGGUUCGAGAAAGGUUCAAGCUGGACCACUGUGAGAGAGUGACGACGACUGUUGCUAGCUUAAAUCAUGAAGAUGUUGUUGACCAUUAGGACUAACGACAUAAGCUUAAACCCGAUCGUUUAGUUAAAUACAAGUUUCUUUGGGUUGUUGCUUAUGAGUAAAAACCCUUUUUAGGUUUUUUAUUGAUUUUAAUAAGGAAAACUGAAAAUUUAGUUCCUACGAAAUAUGAAGCAGUCAGAUUUGUUGUACGCGAAAUAAGGGGGGGGGGGAAGCAGAACACGUCAUUUGUUAUAUGCUGAGUAAAAAUAAAUAGUAAAAGGAAUUGGUCAAUCCACUAAUUUUACGGACGAAUUCAUGGAUAUAGCAUUAACUGAUAAAAAUUACACAAGGGAAUCGGAAAUCAAGAAGAUGCAAAGAUUCACAAAUUAAAGGGACCUAGACGAAAUGAAGCUGGGUUUAAUUAAUUAGGCUGCGUAGAUGUGGAUGUUAAGGGCGACGAGGGAGAUGGUGAUGAAAGCGAAGAAGAGGAGAGUGUGGAUGACAAUGGAAGGACCGCUUGUUUGAAACUUACCAAACUCAACCGCUUUGCUCUUUCCAGGCAGCUGAAACAGAACUCCAGGGCUCAACAGUAUGAAAAAAACCACCGACAUCAACACUGGUCCCCAGUCCAACCCCAUUUCGAUCUCUUUGUUUUCUAUGUCUCUCCUUCUUCUCUAUAUAUACAUGCACUGUUUUACUUAUGUGUGUAUAUAUAAUGCAUGAUUUUGGUGUAACAAUUUAUUGAUGAGUAUAAAUAAAAGUGCAAGGAGGGUUCUUCUCAGUUUUAGUGUAUGAAGGAAA